AUGGCGCACACAACACCCGGCAUCUCCCUCUCGGCGACUUCCCAAAUGCCCCAGGGCAAGCCACACUCAAUCAACGAGUACACCUCGGUUAAGAAGCCACCCCAUCUCGACCGUCUCACCUCCGCCACCCACCAAGAAUCCGCCGUCGAGUCCGUAACCAUCGACGUAGAUGACGGCCCCGACGGUUUCGUCCCCGGCUUCCUGCACAUGCCACCCAACUUCACCGCCCCCGACCCAUUCCAAGAGCACCACCGCACCGCCGCCAUCUUGCUUUCAGGAGCCGGCGGCGGCGUCACCGGCCCGUCGUCCAUCUACCUCUCCCUCGCGUGCAAGCUCGCCACUCUCUCCUCGGGUAUCCCGACUCUCAGACUCGACUACCGCUACCCCGCCCGCAACAAGCACUGCGUCGCCGACGUAUACGCCGGCAUGAAGUACCUGCAGGAUUUAUACGGUCUCGACCGGUUCGUGCUGGUGGGGUGGUCCUUCGGCGGCGCGCCGGUCUUUGCGGUGGCAGGGGCUGAUCAGCGGGUGAUCGGGUGCGCGACGGUCGCCAGUCAGACGGUGGAGGCGGAUGGGAUUCGCAAGUUGGCGCCGAGGCCGGUGUUGCUGCUUCAUGGCACGGGAGACAGGACGUUAAGCCAUGCGUGCUCGGAACGGUUGUAUGCCAUGUAUGGCGAUAAGGGAGAGAGGCAGCUGGAGCUGUUUGAUGGGGAUAAUCAUGCGUUGAUGGGGAACGCGGGGACGGCGGAGGGGAUGCUUUGUGAGUUCAUUGCGAGGUGCGCGGGUGUUGAGGUGGAUGAGGGGUUGAGGAGGGAAGUGGUCGAGACGGAGCUGAUGAACGAUGGAGAGAGGGAGGAGUUGAUGCAGAGAGGAGGGGAUCUUCGCGGGGCGGAGAGGAGUCAUUCCCACGACAAGCCUUCCGAGACCACUACGGCAACGCCAUCAUCACACCCGGGACGCUCCCGAACCCCUCGCGGCACAUGGAUCGCCGGCGCCGCCAUCACGCCGUCUGCUACCGACCACCACCGACCACCACCGGAUCACCGGGCACUCUGGGAACGGGGAGAAUCACGAUAA